AUGAGUGACAAUGCACCUGCUAAGAAGAAGGUAACUCGUUCACGGAAUGGAUGUCACAACUGCAAACGAGUGAAGAUCAAAUGCGAUGAACUUAAGCCUAUUUGUUCCAAUUGUAUCAAGGUCAAGGCUCACUGUGACUAUUCAUUAAAACUUACCUGGGGAGGUCGACCAUUUAAGAAGAAACGAGAUUCCGCCGAGUUGAAUCAAGGCACAAAAAAGAGGAAGCAACAACAGCAUGUUUAUCCCAUGAAUAAUAAUAAUAAUAAUACCAAUAAAAAUAAUGCUAGCACCCCAUGUCAUCUGAAUGGUCUACAGUUUGUAGUACAGUCAUUCAAUGGAACUCAACAGGGACCCUAUGCAUCACCUACAAAGACGAUUAUCAAACAGGAACCAAUAGAAUGGCAGUUUGAGUCUCCAUCAACAAUGACUCGCAUAGAAAGUGAACCCAUGUCAAGCACCGUAUCUACUACGACCAAUACUAAUGAAAUACCAACCAAUAAUGAACUACCAGCCAAUAAUGACAUUAAUGGUGAUAUUCCCAGUACCCCUAACAACUUCUUUAGUCCGUCUGGAACUGAUCUACUAUCGAACAAUCUUCAUGUUAACUUCCAAGAUAUCUCUCAUGGUAUGGAAAGCCUCUCUCAAGCAUUAGAGAAGGUCACAGGUGGUGGGUCACUGUUCAACUUGGCCAACUCGGAGAUAUUCCAGAGCUUCAUAUCGAGAUCAUUAGAUGAUCCCAACGUAUCCACACCUGCACAACCAUCACCCAUAGACCCAGCAACAGGUUCACGAUCUAUGGGAACAGGGUUCUCACCAAGAAUAGUGGAAUUGGACAUGGAUAACUAUUCAGCAGAUUUAGCAAAGAUCGAAGAGUGUAUGCCUGAAGAGAAGGGAACAUUGGAUAUAGCUUCGCCUCAGAAGGCUCCUAUAAGAUUAUUCUCCAGGAUGCCCAAUUCAGCUGGCGAUAGUCAUUGUUACGAAGAUGAUGAUGAUAUCAUUGUGAAUCACAAUAAUAACAAUAAUUCGACUCAUCAUAAUUAUAUCAGUGAUGAUAUGGAAGUUAUGAUGGCUGAUGACUCUUAUCAAAUAGCUGAUAAUGCCUUGAACCUGAUCCCUCCAUCGUUAACUCCGUUGCCGGAACUUCUUCUACAGGUGCCGUAUUAUCGUCAUCUACUUCACUUUUUCAUUAACGUGGGGUCAGCACAUCUUGUGCCUGUUCCAGCAUAUCUUUACCAUGAGAAUCCUUUCAAAGUCUUAUUGCCCCAAAUGGCUAUGGAAUAUCCAGCGGUUUUGACAACGUUGUUGGCAUUUUCCGCAAAAGUAAAGUCAAGUAUCAUUGGCAAACAGGAUGCUCCUCAAACCAUCGUUGACCAAUUGUUGAAACGGUCUUGUACCGAAUUAAUUAAGCUUUUGAAAAACAAAGACAGUUCCACUUCUGAUGCCACUUUGGCUACAGUAAUGUUACUUGCCUGCUAUGAGCUGUUUGCUUCCAUAGAUUUAGAAAAGCAUAGGACCCAUGCUGUGGGCGCAAGACAGAUUAUCAAUGCCAGAGCAUCACUGUUAAGCAUUCAGAGAAGCUCUACCAUAACAGCAGACACUCCUUCAUCAACUCUGUCAUCUUCAACUACAGAUCAAACAUUUACUGUUAGUGAGGGGAACGUAAACUUCUUCUUGAUCCGAUGGUUUGCUUAUUUGGAUGUCAUAGGAGCAUUGAGUGCCACUAAAUCCCAAAAGUUAUACUUGACGAAUUUGGAUGAACAAGGGAAUUAUGAGCUUGCCAAUUUUAUUUGUUCCAUCAAUGCCUCUGAAGAUCCAAGUGAACCUAAAAGAGACAUUGACCACAUUAUGGGCUUUGAUGUACGGUUCUUGCCAUAUUUCAGCGAGAUUACUCACUUAAUAAGAAAGAGAUGUUAUUUUGUGGAAGAGGAAGGUAAUGAUCCCUCCAUACUUCCUAUUGACUUGAUAGCAAGAGCUCUAGAACUAAGAGAUAAUAUGGUGGAGUUAUAUGAGAUGGGUGAAGAAAGAAGACAGGUGAUUGUGGAUGAAAUGAUCGACAAAACAGCUCGUAGAAGGGCUCAAAGGAGAAAACUGUUUGUAGAAAAUGGGUCUCCCAGAUCAACUAAGCUUACAAGUUUAAUUGAACAAAAUAAAAUCUUGAGAGCAACCAACAAGUUGUUUUUAGAUAUGGGAUUAAUUAAUCUUUAUCGAAGAGUCUUGAGAAUUCCUCGGACUUCUUCAAUUAUUCAAAAUCUUGCAGUUGGAAUAGCUAAAAAUAUGGAGGAAAAUAUUGUUUCCCAAUCUCCAGCGGAAAUUUGUACUGUUUUCUGCUCUUUCAGUGCAGCUUGCGAAAUACUUGAUCCCUUUUACCAACAGUUCUUCUUUGAUAGAUUCUCCAAGCUAAGUGACAUGGGUCAUGCAAACGCUAAAAAGGGGCUUGUUAUUAUGCAAAGAUGUUGGCGUACGGGUGAGACGUGGUUCGAUGCCGCAGAAGAAUUAGACAUUGAUGUUACAUUAUUGUGA